CAGCCUUGUUACGAGGACUAUCAGAACGCUGAAAUGACAGAAAUCCACUGUUAUUGCAGUCACACAGCAGGAGCCGCAGCAAGGAAACGUCCUCGUACCCAGACUCAGACCGCAAGAACGCUCAAGACUGCAUUGCUGAAAACUCAGCAGAUUCUCUAUCACAGACAACACUGGCAACUAAACUAAGUACUGAGGGAAAACACCAGAUGCCGGCCUGCAAGUUCCACUAACUAGUAUUACUGGAGAUACCCAAAACCUUCAGGACCAACGGGAUAACCAGGAGCUAGCACAAUGGAGAUGCCUACCAUGGACACCAGCACAGCCAAUAGCACCGUCGCACCUGAGAACGGCACCCAGUGCAGCAGAGACUACAAGAUAACCCAGGUUCUCUUCCCGGUGCUCUAUACCGUCCUGUUUUUUGCCGGACUCAUCACAAACAGCUUGGCGAUGAGGAUUUUCUUUCAGAUCCGCAGUAAAUCCAACUUCAUUAUUUUUCUUAAGAACACAGUCAUCUCUGACCUUCUCAUGAUUCUAACUUUUCCAUUCAAAAUUCUUAGUGACGCCAAACUGGGAGCCGGGCCUCUGAGAACCUUGGUGUGCCAAGUUACCUCAGUCACAUUUUAUUUUACAAUGUAUAUCAGUAUAUCAUUCCUCGGUUUGAUAACCAUUGACCGCUACCUGAAGACCACCAGGCCAUUCAAAACUUCCAACUCCAACAGUCUCUUGGGUGCAAAGAUUCUUUCUGUUGUCAUCUGGGCCUUCAUGUUCUUACUCUCAUUGCCUAACAUGAUUCUCACGAACAGGCGGCCAAAAGAUAAGAACAUCAAGAAGUGUUCUUUCUUAAAGUCAGAGUUUGGUCUGGUCUGGCAUGAAAUAGUCAAUUACAUCUGUCAAGUCAUUUUCUGGAUUAAUUUCUUGAUUGUCAUUGUUUGUUACAGUCUCAUUACGAAAGAACUCUACAGGUCCUAUGUAAGAACAAGAGGUGUAGGCAAAGCUCCCAAGAAAAGAGUGAAUGUCAGAGUUUUUAUCAUCAUUGCUGUGUUCUUCAUCUGUUUUGUGCCUUUCCACUUUGCACGGAUUCCCUACACUUUGAGCCAGACCCGGGCAGUCUUUGACUGCACUGCUGAAAACACUCUGUUCUAUGUGAAGGAGAGCACCUUGUGGCUGACGUCCUUGAACGCCUGCCUUGAUCCAUUCAUCUAUUUCUUUCUUUGCAAGUCUUUCAGAAAUUCCUUGAAAAGUAUGCUGAGGUGCUCUAAUGCUAUGUCACACUCUGGGGAAAACAAGAAGAAAGGACAGGAAGGUAGUGACCCAAGUGAGGAGACCCCAAUGUGAAACAUGACCCCAGGGGCUGUUUCAGUCUGUGGCAUUCACACUCCUCUAAGGAAAUCACCAUACAAAAAUACUAACAUUACCUUAAAGGAAACUGAGCUAAUGACUCUUUAAAUAAGCAAUAACUAGGGAAAUAAUCAUCUACUUUCGCACACACACACAUGAAUGUAUAUGUACAUAUGUAUGUAUGUAUAUAUAUAUGUUUAUAUAUGUACUUAUACAUGUGUAUGCCAUCUUAAAAUAUAAGGGAAAAAUUCUAAUCUUCAGGAAUAUAGUAAAAUAAACUGCAUCCUAUUGCUACACUGAAAGCAAACCCACAAAGAAUUAGUGAUUUACUUAGUUUCUGCAAAAUGAUCAACAAUGAAAUGCAAUAUCCACUGUCAUUUUAAAAGGCAUUACCAAUCAGUAUUAUUUUGGUAAUAAGUGAAAAUUUAUGUUCGAUCUGAUACAUCAAGCACAGUAACUAUGGACUUCUCAUUUAUGGUAACAAAGACAAGAACAACCCCAUGGACACUUAAACCAAAUGAAAUGACAUUGUGGAUGAGGCCUGAAUUAGUAUAAAUGCUCAUCAAGAGGGGAGAGGUUUAAAGAUGUAUCUUUCCAUAAAUAACAGACAUCGUGAAUAAAACCAUUAACUUAAGGAAUGUAAACUUUCAUAACAUUCUAAUAUUUAAAAAAAUAUAUUACUACUUCCUUAACACUAGAGAAGCAAUUUCACUAAGACUCUGAGUUGACUCGGUACAGCGCCAUCAUUGGCAUUUACCUUUGUUAAUCGGCUUUGGAAACGCCUGCUGCUUGAAUGAAAAAACCACUUCUUAGUAAGAAAAGUGAGUAACUAUAAUUACCAGAAUGCAUCUCACACCUACCAAUAAGAAAGCGAUUGAACUGUCUGACAUUACCUGUUUGUA